GCUAAGCACACGUAACUUCUUGAAACACUUUUGGAUCAGACUUUUAUCUGCAAGACCCAAUUGGGUGCGUGCGAAGAAGUUGGAUCUUCGAGUGAGUAAAAUUCCUUCUGAUUUUGCCAUCAUGAUUUCGUUGGAUGCAAUUAGAAGGCUAGACGACCUAAACUAUGAGAGCUGGAUUCGGUGGAAAAAUGACGUAGAAUUUGCUCUUUGUUUUGCGGAUUUGGACUUGGCUCUUCGUAAAGAGGAACCAGUUGAGCCUCCUCGAGAUAGCUCGGAUGAAAAAGGGGGAGCUCCUUAUGAAGAAUGGGUGAGAAGUCAUGAAAAAUGGGAGAGAAGUAAUCGCUUAAGCUUGCUGAUGAUGAAACUGACAGUCUCAGAUGGCAUCUCUUUUCUUGUUCCUGAGCAUAAAUCUGGAAAAGCCAAACUGUUUUUAGAUUUCCUGGAAGACUUUUUUAUGAGUAUCGAGAAGGGCACGGCCACUUCAACUUUAAGAAACAUGAUGAAUAUGAGAUAUGAUGGCCAGGGUAAUGUGCGCGAGCACAUUUCAAAAAUGUCAUGGCUUGCUGCGAGGUUGAAAGAUGUGGGUGUUAUCUUUCCUGAAUUUCUCUUGGUCCAAGUAGCACUAGAUUCUCUCCCUUCAAAAUUUGACCCAAUCAAAACUGCAUAUAUUGUGGAAAAGGACAAAUGGAAUAUUUUUGAGCUUGAAUCUAGAUGUGCUGAUGCAGAGUUAUGGCUUUCGGAUUACGAUCUGGCUAGUUCAGAGGUUGGCAAGAGUGAUGAUGAUGAUGCUGGCAGUGACCAGCCAAGAUCGAUGAAAAAGAGAAAAAGGGAUAUCCAGUGCUUUUCUUGUGGAAAGAAAGGACACAUGAAGAAGGAUUGCUGGCAGGUUUGAAGUAAGCAGAAAGUGUUGUUGGAGGAUCAGAUUAGCUUGACUUUUGAAGUUUUGCUUCCUAGUAAUAAGAAUGCAUAGUGAUUUUAUUUUUGAGGUGCAUAGUCUGUUUUUACUUAUUUAUAUGAAUGUUUUCGUUUUCAUUUUCGCUGUUUUGUUGUUGAAAGGUUUUGGUAUUUUGAGAGAUCAGGAGCAGGGAAGUUCAUUACCUACCUUUCUAUAUAGGCAACAAACCAAUCAAAGUCUAUGUAUUUCGCUCUGGAUGAAAUUGUAGCUCCCUGUUCACUUCUACUCCCCCUCUACUUUAUGUUGAAUCUUUGUUUAUGGUGUUGAAAGAUGCGAAGUUUCAAACC